GGCGAUGCCAGCACACAACAUCGUGACAGGGCCAUUGUUCCCAGCCACCAGUCUGCUGGUCACGCUGAUGGAUCUCCCUACAACGGGGGGCCACUGCUGCAGAGCUCCCAGGAGGAGCACGAGUCCGAAGUGCAAGUGUUGAGGGCAGACCUCGAGGUGGCCCAGUCGCGCUACCGGGCCCUCCAUGACAAGUGCCGCCAGCUCGAGAGUGCCCAGUCGAAGGGCAGUGCACGACAGGGCCCUGGCGAGUCCCCCUCCCAGAAUGGGCCUCUGACGGGACGUGAGGGUGGCACAGGGGCGGACAGUAGGCAGAGCAUGGGCUACAGAACUCCUACGCACCGAGGCAUGGGGUACAGAACGCCAAUCAUGAAUGCCCAGGGGUCAUGCUAUUCAGCAGAUCCCUUUGGGCAGGUGGCGGGUCAGGCGUGGGGGAUGAACAUAGCCUAUGGGCAAGCUGCUGAGCGGGUGCCGUCCGUCAGCCAGCUGUGUCCGAUGGGCCAGAGGCGGGCGAGCUGGCCGCAGGACUUGAGCACGGCGCUCACUGACCAGGUGAUGCUGGCAGCUCAGGAGGUGAUGGAGCUGACCGCCAACUCGGUGGAGAUGGCCAACAGGCAGGAAGUGGUGACCUCGGAGCUGAUGGAGGCCCGGCGAGCUGCUUCCACCACGCAGCAGCUGCUGCAGGAGCGUGAUGCGACUGUCAGCGACCUUACUGAGCAGUUCCUUCAGGUCUACCAAAUCGCCUCCGACCUUGCCACGGACAACGAGCAGGCCCGCAACGAGGUCAAGGAGCUGCGCAGUGUGGCGGAGGGCCUCAAGGGCCAGCUGGCGGAGAAGGAGCGCCGCAUCGCAGCCGUGGAGCAGGCCGAGGUCGCAGCCCUGCUGGACGAGCCUCAGAACGCCAUCGAUCAGCUGAACAUCCUCUCCUCGAGGUCCGCGCCCCCGCAGUCCACCAGUCCGUCCGCCACGCCCCGCCUUGCCGCCCGCGCCAUCGCCCUCUCGAAGAUCCAGAAGAGGGGGCCCGGCCCUGGGCACCUGGGGACCAUCGGCGUGGAACAGCCCGUACCCCAAGGAACCAGGACCGGGCCCAAGGGAACCAGGGUUUUAAAGGGGCAGGGCAUGCCUGGGGACGAUGUGCUGAUGGCGCAGGCUGCUCGGGGGCUGCCCGUUUGGCAGAGGGGCGAUGUCACGCCUAAGGGCGCGGGCCGGAGGAUCAUUGUUGAGAAUCCGAGGGCCAGCACAGACUCGACGCAGACAGUGUCCCCAGGGCGGUCUUCGCGCUCCCUUGGCGUUUCAUCGCGAUCGCGGGGUGGAUCACUCGACGCCCAGGAGGCGUCUCUGCGAGGGCAGAGGCAGGUGCUGGAUGCAGGCAUCCCUUCUGGGAACAGGCACACGCAGUCCUUCGAUGGGGCGGUUGCUUCAAAGCAGGAUGCCGUGAAACUCGAUGUGACAUCUGGCACACCGCGGUCAGCAGAUUCCGAUGCGUCUCCUCACAGCUCGGCAGCGGCCACAGACGCAUCGCUGUCAGCAUACGUGGGCGGCCUGGGGUCCACAAGGGAUGGUGCCUCGGCUCGAUCGGCAUUCGAUGGGAGUGAUCUGUCGCUGACGCCAAAGGGGGACGAGGCCAGGAGGUCGGCACGUGGCAGGGGAUCGCCAUCACCGGUUUUCAGGGAGGAGGGGGGGAGGAGGUCGCCGAUGUCGGGGCGGUCCAGGGGAAGUGGGUCGCCGACGCGAAAGGCGGAAGAGGGCGGCAGGAGGGGGGCGAGGGUGCUGGGGAGGGGCUCGAGGGGCAGCAAGCCACCUCGGCGGAUUGCGGCCAAGGCGGAGAAGCCCUGGAUGUGA